GCACAGCGGAAUGAAAAAGGAACAAAAAAACAGAAUAAAAAUCACCGGCCGUGGCCAGUUCCCACGCUAUACUACAUAACUCCCCCACGCGUUUCCACACCGGAGUCAGCGAUGGCAGGCCGCUCCCGCCAACCAAACUGAACGCACGCUUCCUCCGGCGGCCCGAAGAGGAAACCAGCCAUGGCGUCGCCACGCCACGCCUUUCUCCCACUCCUCGCGCUCUGCCUCGUCCUGCGCCAUGCCGCGGCGCAGCAGGCCGACGAGCGGCAGCUCCUGCUCAGGAUCAAGAGCGCGUGGGGCGACCCGGCGGGGCUCGCGUCGUGGUCGGCGGCCACCUCCUCGCACUGCGCCGGCUGGGCCUACGUCUCCUGCGACGGCGCCGGCCGGGUGACCUCCCUCGCCCUCCCCAACGUCACCGUGUCCGGCCCCGUCCCCGACGCCAUCGGCGGGCUCCCCAGCCUCGCCACGCUCGACCUCAGCAACACCAGCGUCAGCGGCGGCUUCCCCAAGUUCCUCUACAACUGCACGGGCCUCACCUACCUCGACCUAUCCAUGAACAGGCUCUCCGGCGACCUCCCCGCCGACAUCGGCCGCCUCGGGGAGAACCUCACUUACCUGGCCCUCAACCAUAACGGCUUCACUGGCCAGGUGCCGCCGGCGCUGUCGAAGCUCAAGAACCUGACGGUCCUCGCUCUCGGCGGCAACCAGCUCACUGGCACGAUCCCGCCGGAGCUCGGGGAGCUGACUGGCCUCCAGACGCUCAAGCUUGAGCUGAACCCGUUCGGCGCCGGCAAGCUGCCGGAUUCGUUCAAGAACUUGACGAAGCUGACGACCCUCUGGCUUGGCGCCUGCAACCUCACCGGCGACUUCCCGAGCUACGUCACAGACAUGUCGGAGAUGGUGUGGCUCGACCUGUCGACGAAUGCCUUCACCGGGAGCAUUCCUCCUUCGAUCUGGAACCUCCCCAAGCUGCAGGUGCUGUACAUAUUCAGUAACAACCUCACCGGUGACGUCGUCAUCAAUGGCGCCAUCGGAGCAGCCGGUCUCAUCGAGAUCGACUUGUCCUUCAACAUGCUGACUGGAGUGAUCCCGGAAAGGCUCGGAACCUUGUCGAAGCUUAUCAAAUUAUGCAUGAGCGGCAACGGCUUCUCCGGCGAGAUACCGGCGAGCCUCGCCCAGCUGCCGUCGCUGGUGUUUCUAUGGCUCUUCAACAACAAGCUCAACGGAGUGCUUCCGGCGGAGCUUGGAAUGCACUCCCCGUCUCUGAGAGAUAUCCAGGUCGACGGCAACGACCUCUCCGGGCCGAUACCGGCGGGGGUCUGCAAGAACCGUGGGCUGUGGAUCAUCUCCGCCUCCGGCAAUCGCCUCAACGGCUCGAUUCCGACUAGCCUCGCCAACUGCCCCGCACUCAUAAGCUUGCAGCUCCAAGACAACGAGCUUUCUGGCGAGGUGCCGGCGGCGCUCUGGACGGAGACGAAGCUGAUGACUCUGCUUUUGCAGAACAAUGGGGGGCUCACUGGUACCCUGCCAGAGACUCUGUUUUGGAACAUGACGAGGCUCUACAUCAUGAAUAACAAGUUCAGAGGCGGCCUUCCGUCGUCGGGGGCUAAGCUGCAGAAGUUCAACGCCGGGAAUAACUUGUUUUCCGGCGAGAUACCCGCAGGGCUCGCCACCGGGAUGCCGCUCCUGCAGGAGUUCAGCCUGUCGUCCAACCAGCUGUCGGGCACGAUCCCGGCGAGCAUCGCUUCGCUCGGUGGCCUGACGCAGAUGAACUUCAGCAGGAAUCAGCUCACCGGCGAGAUACCGGCGGGGUUGGGCUCCAUGCCGGUGCUCACGCUGCUCGACCUCUCAUCCAACCAACUCUCCGGCAGCAUCCCGCCAGCGCUGGGAUCACUAAGGCUGAACCAGCUAAACCUGUCAUCCAAUAACCUCGCCGGCGAGGUCCCAGCGUCGCUCGCUAUCUCCGCCUACGACCGAAGCUUCCUGGGCAACCGCGCGCUCUGCACGGGCGCGGCGUCGUCGGGAAACCUCGCCGGCGUGAGCUCGUGCGCAGGCAGGUCAUCCGACAAGGUAUCACCAGGCCUCCGCACCGGCCUUGUCGCCGCCGCCGCCGCUCUACUCGUCGUCAUCGCGGCGCUCGCCUUCUUCAUCGUCCGCGACAUCAAGAAGCGGAAGGGGCUCGCGCCGCCCGAGGAGGCCUGGAAGCUCACCCAUUUCCAGCCGCUGGACUUCGGCGAGGCCGCCGUGCUGCGCGGGCUCGCCGACGAGAACCUAAUCGGCAAGGGCGGCUCGGGACGGGUGUACCGCGUGGAGUGCCCCAGCCGGAGCGGCGCGAGCGGCGGCACAGUGGUGGCCGUGAAGCGCAUCUGGACCGGCGGGAAGGUGGAGAGGAAGCUGGAGAGGGAGUUCGAGUCGGAGGUGGACGUCCUCGGCCACGUCCGGCACACCAACAUCGUCAAGCUCCUGUGCUGCCUCUCCCGCGCGGAGACCAAGCUCCUCGUCUACGAGUACAUGGACAACGGCAGCCUGGACAAGUGGCUCCACGGCCACAGGUGGCCGGCACCGGCCGGGAGCUCGAUGGCGGCGAGAGCCCCCUCGGUCAGGCGAGCGCCGCUGGACUGGCCGGCGAGGGUGAGGGUGGCCGUUGGCGCGGCGCGGGGGCUGAGCUACAUGCACCACGAGUGCUCGCCGCCGGUCGUGCACCGGGACGUCAAGUGCAGCAACAUCCUGCUCGACUCGGAGCUCAACGCCAAGGUCGCCGACUUCGGGCUCGCCAGGAUACUUGCCGAGGCCGCCGGCACAACGCCGCACGACACCAUGUCCGCCGUCGCCGGAACCUUCGGCUACAUGGCUCCCGAGUGCGCGUACACGAGGAAGGCGAACGAAAAGGUGGACGUGUACAGCUUCGGGGUGGUGCUGCUGGAGCUGGCCACCGGCAGGGAGGCCGGCAGCGGCGGCGAGCACUGCUCGCUCGCGGAGUGGGCGUGGCGGCACCUGCAGUCCGGGAAGAGCAUCGCCGACGCGGCGGACGAGUGCAUCGGCGACGCCAGGAACAGCGACGACUUCGAGGUCGUGUUCAAGCUCGGCAUCAUCUGCACCGGUGCGCAGCCGUCGACGCGGCCGACCAUGAAGGACGUGCUGCAGAUACUGCUGCGGUGCGAGCAGGCGCACCGGAAAACCAUCGACGAGAAGACGACCGCCUCCGAGUACGACGCCGCCCCGCUGCUGCCGGCAGUGCGAGGGGGCAGCCGCCGGAAACGGCUCUCCGACGCCGCUGAUGGCAAGGGUAGCUUCGACGACGUCGUCUUACGAAACGCCUAAGUGACCUCAGAAUAUAGUUGUACACGGUACAUUAGUAGUAUUCCGUCCAAAAUAAAUGUCACAGAUUUUGUA